AAGCCCAAACAAAGGAGGCCCAGUAGUCACCCCUAAAAACCUCAACUAAAACCCCCUCCGGCUGUUUCAAAACGCACGCCGGAAAAUCUAACGAUGGAGUUUGAGAAGAGAAAGAAAGCAAGUUUAGCCACCAUGACAUCACCUGAGCCAGACAGAUCACCAAAAGGAGAUAUAGAUGCACCUAUUAUCCCACUUCUUAAUACCAUUAACUCACACCCAUCUUACUUCACCACCAGUUCUUGCUCCGGCCGGAUUUCCAUCUUAUCAACACCAAUCACCACCGCAACAACCACCGUAAAGAAAAAAGCCAAAGGUGGCACCUGGGUCUUUAUUACCCAUGACCCAGCUGACCCUAAAUCGGUUCAAAAUCUCAUCUUUCCAACUGGGUCAACUCAGUCUGAAAAGAACCAAGAAAAUCUUGUGUUCAGGUUUGAGCCUUUGAUUAUUGCUGUUGAAUGUAAAGAUGUAUUGUCUGCACAAAAGUUGGUGUCUUUAGCUAUUUCUUGUGGUUUUAGAGAAUCAGGAAUUACAAAUGUGAAUUGUAAAAGAGUUAUUGUUGCGAUUAGAUGUUCGAUUAGGUUAGAAGUUCCGUUGGGCUGUACGGGGAAGAUAAUGGUGUCGAAAGAGUAUUUGGGGUAUCUAGUUGGGAUUGCUAAUGAGAAAAUGGAAGCUAAUAGGAAAAGAAGUGAUAGUUUUCAUGAAGCAUUGUUGAAGACUGAGUUCUUUAUGAGACCUGGGAUUGGUGAUUUCGAGUUUUUGAACUUGAAUCAAGAUUCGGGUGAUGAAGAUUUGUUGAUUAGUAAUGGUGAAGUGGAAGAUAUUCAACUUACAACAGAGGUUAUGGACGAAGCAAACAAUGGGUUUCCUGAACUUAGUCUUCCUAUCAAACCUAUCGUGAUUACUGGUGAACCGAUUGAGAAGCUUCAUCUCUGGGGCCAUUCAGCCUGUACACUCAAAACUACAAAGGAUGUCAAAUCAGUCCUUGUGUUUGGAGGUUUUGGAGGCAUGGGAAGGCAUGCACGGAGAAAUGAUUCAUGGCUUCUAGAUUCAGUUUCAGGUCAACUUGAAUUAGUUGUCUUUGAGAGCACCCCAUCACCACGUUUAGGUCACACGGCUUCUUUAGCAGGUGAUCUUAUGUUUGUUAUUGGAGGUAGAGCUGAUCCAGAGAAUGUGUUAAACGAUGUCUGGGUUCUUAAUACAACAACAAACGAAUGGAAGCAGGCUCAGUGUAGCGGGGUUGACUUUCCUCAGAGUCAUCGACAUGCAGCAGCAGUCAUAGGGUCAAGUAUAUAUGUUUUUGGUGGGAUUCACAAUGGCAGCAUCUCUUCAGCAAUGUAUAGGCUUGAUACCCGCAGCUUAAAAUGGGAAGAAGUAAGUGUUCAAGGGCAAAAACCGUUUCCUCGUCAUUCCCACACAUUAGUAGCCUACGGUUCUCAAUUGUAUAUGUUUGGUGGACACAACGGGGUGAAAGCACUCGGAGAUCUUUACAGUUUUGAUAUCCAUUCAUGUGCUUGGAAGAAAGAAAAUAUGACAGGAAGUAUACCGUACGCACGGUUUUCCCACACCAUGUUUGUGUAUAAAAAUCAUAUUGGUGUUAUAGGAGGGUGUCCUAUCAGGCAACACUAUCAAGAAUUAUCAAUAUUCAAAGUGGGGUCCAGUACCUGGAAGCGAAUGAAGUUGAAUUCUAUUGGUGAAGAUCUUUUUGUUCGUUCCACGACAAGUAUUGUUGGUGAUGAUCUUGUUAUUGUAGGCGGCGGUGCUUCCUGUUAUGCAUUUGGAACCAAGUUUAGUGAACCAAUGACAAUAAACUUGCUUCCAUUAGUUUCUUCUGCUGAAAUUUGUGAUGAAAUCAAGGAUCAAACAAAUAUCCAUAUCGAAAAGAGAUCAAAUGGGGAUUUUAAUGUAAAUCUUGAGGGUACAUAUGAUAAGAUGAUAGUUCCUUUGCAUAUGGUUUUGCAAAUUGAUAAAAAGCAUGCGAAACCUACAAAAGACAUAUUAAAAAAGUUUGGAUGGUUAGACGCGGAGAGAAAAGUAUACACUCAGGAAAAUGGAGUUUAUGUCUAUUUUCCAAUCAUCAAAGAAUUUGGGGCACUUUACCAAAAUAAAAUACCAGGAUUAAAGGGAGUUUUGGACGAUGUAGAUGACUUUAAGUUGCAUGAAGUACAUAAGGUUAUUUCUAGUGCAAGAGCCUUGGAUCUUUUGGUUGCAUUAGGUGCAACAACACAUGCUGACGAUAUUGUCAGAGUUCGAAAAACUUCAUGCUCUCCACUGAAAUUAAUGAAAGAAAAUGUUUCUUUGUUGUUAAAUCGUCACAGUUUGCCUUUGACACUCUUAGAACAAUUACCCACAAGAUGGGAGCGAUUAGGGGACAUUGUUGUGAUUCCUGUGACUUCUUUUAAAGACUCUGCAUGGGAAUCACUAGGUAAAGAGCUUUGGUCCAUUGUUGCAGAAUCACUUGGUGUGUGUCGCCUUGCUCGACAAGGCAGGGUCUCACCUACCGGAACUAGAGACAGUGGGCUGGAGAUUCUCGUUGGGGACAAUGGAUGGGUUGACCAUUGCGAAAAUGGGGUUAUUUAUUCAUUUGAUGCUACCAAGUGCAUGUUCUCGUGGGGUAAUCUCUCUGAAAAGCGUCGAAUGGGGCAGCUGGACUGCAAAGAGGAAGUUAUUGUUGACUUGUUUGCUGGCAUUGGAUACUUCACAUUGCCUUUCCUUGUCAAGGCUAAUGCAAAAAUGGUGUACGCUUGUGAAUGGAAUCCCCACGCUGUCAAGGCUCUGCGGCGUAAUCUUGAAGCAAAUGGUGUCGCUGAUCGUUGUGUUGUCCUUGAAGGAGAUAAUCGUGUUACAGCACCUAAAGGAGUUGCCCAUCGAGUCAAUCUUGGUUUGCUGCCAUCAAGUGAGGGUAGCUGGGUGACUGCCGUAAGGGCAUUAAGGAGCCAGGGUGGGAUGAUGCAUGUGCAUGGCAAUGUGAAGGACUCUGAAGAGGAUGCAUGGACAGAACAAGUCUCGUCAUCCAUUAGAGAAAUUUCAAAGUCGGAAGGUAAUAGUUGGGAUAUAACAGUAGAACAUGUAGAACGAGUAAAAUGGUAUGCGCCUCACAUUCGCCAUCUCGUAGUAGACAUAAAAUGCAAAAAAGCAUAAGAUCAAUAAUGCAAUUUCUCCCUCCCACUCUGCUCGGGUACCUUCCCAUUUAGCGGUUUUUGUGCUUCGAGCUGUAAAGUAAAGGAGCAGAUUGAUCAUUAGACUGAUUCACAAAAGGUUUGAGGUUAAAACCAAGGAAGGUAGCCCAUAUGGUCAUGGUUUGUUCAUGUGAAUUAUCAUGAGCAAUUUUGUAGUUAAUAGCAUACCGUGAACAUCCCAAUUCAUGCAAGUCAAACAUGAAAUUAAAAAGUAGUCUCGAAUUGAUUCAGUUGGGUUAAUUUUGGGAUGUUUUCGGGGUGUAAGAUUUAAAGACUGGCUGGCUGGUUUCAUUGGCUGAUGGUCCCCCCUAUUAGAACUAAUACUUCGUUGUAAAUUGUGCUUUAAAAGGUUUAUCAUGUAUUAAAUUGUUGUAUGUAUUAAUGGCUUUGUUUUCUCCUA